AUGAUGAGGACAAACCAUUCUCUCGUUACUCAGUUCGUCAUUGUAGGCUUUCCAGAUCUCGAUGAGAUGCAAGGUCUUCUCUUUGCUAUGCUGAGUGUUAUCUACAUGUUUACGAUAAGUGGCAACUUCACAAUAAUCACUCUUAUAAGCACUCAUCGUCAUCUCCAUGUCCCACUCUACUUCUUUGUUGCCAUUCUUUCCUUCCUGGAGAUUUGGUAUACAGCUGUCACGAUACCCAAAAUGCUUACUAAUCUACUGAAUGAGAAAGUAAUCUCCUAUGUUGGAUGUCUGCUACAAAUCUAUUUCCUACACUGUCUAGGUAUCACUGAGACCUACCUUUUAACAGCAAUGGCGUUUGAUCGCUACAUGGCCAUAUGUAACCCUUUAAGGUAUCCAUCCAUAAUGACCACCACAUGUUGUCUACAGCUAGCUGCCUGUUGUUGGGUCACAGGUUUCCUUGGACCCCUAACUCAAAUUAUCUUGCUUUCCACUCUGUCCUUCUGUGGGUCAAACAAGAUAGAGCACAUCUUCUGUGACUUCACACCUCUGAUGAACUUGGCAUGUUCUGACACCUCGCUCAACGUCAACGUAGACUUUGCCAUCAAUUCAUUCCUCCUAUUCAUUGCCUUCUUCUGCAUCAUCCUUUCUUACAUCAAAAUCAUAUCAGCUGUAUUAAAAAUAAGCACAAGUGAAGGGCGGAAAAAAGCCUUUUCUACUUGCGGUGCUCACCUUACGGUUGUUCUACUGUUUUUCGGUAGCGUGGCUUUCAUGUACGUUAGGUUAACAAACACCUACCCUGCCAAUUACGAUCGAGUGAUGGCCGUUAUGUACUCUGUUCUGACACCAAUGUGUAAUCCAAUCAUAUAUAGCCUAAGAAACAGAGAGAUAAGAGAACUACUCGGGAAAAAGCUAUUAAAAUCUCUUCAUGGCUCAUAA